AUGUCAGCCGAAAAGAUGGCAAACCCACUCAAAGUCUUGAUAGUAGGAGCAGGGAUAGGUGGCCUUGCUGCAGCAAUCGCAUUGCGGCAAGCCGGCCAUCUGGUCCAGCUCUUCGAGUCUAGUCGCUUUGCAGCGGAAGUCGGAGCAGCUAUACAUCUGCAACCCAACGUGGUCGCGUUGCUGCGGAGGUUUGGCAUGCGGCCGGAGGAACACGGAGCGAACAUGGCGGAAUGGGUCUCUGUGUUCACCUCACAGGGGGACGCUAUCAGUCAGAGAUCAAUAGCUAACUUGGAAAGUAAAUACACAUAUCCAUGGCAAUUGAUACAUCGUGUCGACCUCCACGAGGCCCUCAAGAGCUUGGCUCUGGACGAAAAGGAGAGUGGAAAGCCAGUCUCCUUGUAUCUGCGUUCUAAGGUUGUGUCAUGCAAUCCUUCUGGGCCUUCCAUCACUCUUGAAGAUGGGCGCACUUUUGAAGGUGACCUUCUUAUCGGUGCUGAUGGAGUUCACUCAAUUCUACGCUCAACAAUCAGUGGAGAAGACAUUCCAAUUGCCCCAUCGGGUGGGAGCGCAUUCAGAUUCCUCGUCUCUGUUCAGAAGGUGAAGGAAGAUCCCAUUACGGCACACUUUGUUGAGAAGCCUGGCGACUUCCAAGUGUGGGAGGGUAAACAUCGCAGGCUAGUCAUUUACCCAUGCAGCAGAAAUAAUACGGAACUGAAUUUUGUGUGUCUGCACCCUGAUACGGAGAGCCAGGACAGUGUCGAAGGGUGGAACAACACGGCUUCCGUAGAACAUCUCGUCAAGGUCUUUUCCGAAUUUUACGAGCCAAUGAGAGAGCUACUCUCAAAAGCGGAUGCCGAUACGCUGAAACUGUGGCGGCUGUAUGAUCGCGGUGCCCUUGGAACUUGGGUUAAUGGCUUCGCAGCCUUACUGGGAGAUGCGGCUCAUCCUUUCUUGCCUCAUCAAGGUCAAGGCGGAGCACAGGCUAUUGAGGAUGGGGCAGCGCUAGGUGCGCUCUUACCCCUAGGCGUCACGAAGGACGAGAUUCCCGGCCGACUCAAGCUGUACAUGGAGGCGCGUUACGACCGGGCGACACUUGUCCAGAACUUUUCGCGGCAGAUGGCUUUCCAGACCAGCGACAAGGACAAGGUGGGUGGCUUCAGCCCCAACCCCAUGGAGUUUGCCGAGAUCAACUUUCGUCAUGAUGCAUUUCUGCACGCGAAAGAGAUCCUACAAAAUCACCAAAAAGGGAAUUGA